AUGACAGAGCUGGAGACAGCCAUUGGCAUCAUCAUCAGCGUGUUCAACCGGUAUGCCACCAAUAAGGUCAGCAAGCGCAGCCUGACCAAAGCAGAGCUUAAGUCACUGAUUCAGAAGGAGCUUCCAUGCCUCAUGCAGACAAGAAAGGACACCAAGGACUUAGAAAAACUGCUGAAGGACCUAGAUUCCAACAAAGACACCCAGGUGGACUUCAACGAGUUCAUCGCGUUUGUGGCUGCCCUCACAUCUGCCUGUCACCACCACUUUCCAUGGAAAAAUUCUGAAUAA